CAGCCUGGCUCUGGCAUCUGCAUGAAAACCCAACAGCUUCACACUGUGGUUCUCAAUAUACCACAUUUUCCUGAAGGGUUUGGUUUGGCAGCUGAGCUGUGGUGGGACAGCUGGUCUGGGUGGGCUUCAGGGACCUCUGGAUUCUCAGCUGGGUGGGAGGGAGCUUUAGAGCUCAUCCAGCACAACCCCCUGCCAAAGCAGCUCCCACCUAGAUCAGGUCACACAGGAACGUGUCCAGUGAGUUGGGAACCUCCAGAGCAGGAGCCUCCACACCCUCCCUGGGCAGCCUGGGCCAGGGCUCCCUCACUGGGGAUGUUUCAAUGGAACUGUUUGUGUUGCAGCUUCAUCCCAUCACCCCUUGUCCUGGCGCUGGGUACAACAGAAAGAAAGUGCUGCCCCAAGCUCCUGACACCCACCAAUGUCCGUACACAAGCCAUGUAUCAGAUGAUGGACCAAGGCUUCGUGGGACUUAUCUUUUCCUGCUUCAUUGAGGACAAAAACACAAAGACAGGCAGGAUUCUCUACACCUGUUUCCAAUCCAUUCAGGCCCAGAAGAGCUCAGAAUAUGAAAGGAUUGAAAUUCCUAUUCACGUUGUCCCCCACGAAACCAUUGGGAAAGUGUGUCUGGAAUCAGCUGUAGAGCUGCCCAAGAUCCUUUGCCAAGAGGAGCAAGAUGCCUACAGGAGAAUUCACAGCCUCACCCAUCUAGACUCUGUAACCAAGAUUCAUAAUGGCUCAGUGUUCACAAAGAACCUGUGCAGCCAGAUGUCUGCCAUCAGUGGGCCACUUCUUCAGUGGCUGGAGGACAGACUAGAGCAGAACAAACAGCGGGUGCAGGAGCUGCAGCAGGAGAAAGAGCAGCUCCUGGAGGAAUUAGCUGCUUUGGAGUGAAGGAGGAACUGCACACCCUUCAGAAAAGAGACAGAAACCUCUACACAAGACUUCCUCCUGGCUGAAGGGUGGCCCUGCAUUGUUUUACAAUGAAGAUACAAGCUGUGCCUCUUGCUGCAUGCAACAAAGAGCACUUCAGCAGGAUAAAUAAGGGCUUUACCUGCCUCAGCUUGAUGGAAAACAGCAGCAUCUGCCCAGGUACUGCACAGUGCAGUGGAAUCCCAGCUCAGCAGCAGGGUUGGGCAGCACCUGAAGAGGGGACACACCUAAGGAACAUGUUGUUCCUCCCCUGUGUUUUGAGAGAGGGGUUAUUACUUCACAUGUGUUGCAGGAGCCUAGAACAGGAGUGUUAGAAGGAAAAGUGUGUCCCUGCAGUUGUAUUUUAUGCUGCCAAUUCCUGCCAUCUUUUCUUAGCUUCAGUUGACCCUGAUCUUAUAUCUAGAAGUGUUCUGGAUUAGUGGUUUUCCACCCAGGCAGGUAAGAGGUGGGAGGGAAGCUUGGGAAGGGACCUGGCAGAACCUUGACAUAGGAUCUGUGUUCAGCAUACUUCAAACCAAAUAAAGAAUUCCAAAGCCA